AUGUCCCAGCAGAGGACUGCGAGUGUGGGGGUGCUGGUGUUGCUGCUCCUGGGGGUGGUGCUGGUAGAGGAUGUGGAGAGCUGCAGCUGCCAGCCUGCUCAUCCACAACAGCUCUUCUGCAGCGCCGAGAUUGUGAUCCGGGCGAAGAUCUCCGGCGAGAAGAUAGUGUCCCCUAGCAACAGCUCUUCUCCGUACAUGAAGAUGAUCCAGUACGAGAUCAAGAUGAUAAAGAUGUUCAAAGGGUUCCAAAAGGCCAAAGACAUCCAGUACGUGUACACGCCUGUGUUCUCCUCGCUCUGCGGCGUCAAACUGGACUCCAACAACAAGGCGGGAUACCUGCUCUCAGGAAGCAUGUGGAGCGAUGGCAGGAUCUCCAUCGGUCAGUGUGACCUGGUGGAGUCCUGGGACAACCUGUCCCUGUCCCAGAAGAAGAAUCUGAACUACAGAUACCAGAUGGGUUGCGAGUGCAGGAUCUACACAUGCUACAGUGUACCCUGUGCCUCAGCCGGGCAGCACGAGUGUCUGUGGACAGACUGGCUCCUGGACAAUAGUCUGAACGGGGAACAGGCACGGCAGUACGCCUGUAUCCGCCGCUCAGACUCCAGCUGCAGCUGGUACCGAGGAGGACCCCCCCCAGAGAAGGACUUCCAGGACUUUACUGACCCCUGA